AUGGAGCUGAAGAAAGACAGCAACGCCGUGUCCAUCGACAUGCUGCUGAUCGUGCACUCGGAGAAGCGGCGCGCGGCGCACGUUGCGCACUCGGACCGGCAGGCUGACCCGGGCACGCUGCCGCAGCGCAGAGGAGGACUCCAAGGUGUCGGAAAUGGAAUCCGGAGAUGGCAGAAAUUCGAAGGAAAUGACGUGCAUGGAAACCUGGUGGAGAAACAGCACCCUCAGCAGCCCCAGGUCAUCACUUCCUACAACAACCAAGGGACACAGCUGACUGUGGAGGUCCACCCUCGAGAUGCCAUGCCCCAGCUGCUCAAGAAGUUCUCCUUGGCUAAACGUUUACAAGGUGAUAAAAAUGGAAACACAAGGCCCCGGCAGCCUGGAGCAAAAGAUGCCCAUGCUUACCCCUGGGAUCGGUCCAGCCUGAAAUCCAUGCCCCUGGACCUGCGGCAGUUUGAGAAACUGGACACGUACGCCUCACAGGUGACGGUCAAGAGUGGCCUGGACGAGCUGGUGAGCGACCUGCUCCAGGAGGCCCACAGUGACCUGGAGAGGGUCCGCGUGAUCUGGAUCUGGAUCUGCCACCACAUAGAGUAUGACAUCGAGGCUGCCCAGGAGAAGGACCGCCAGGCCUUCAAGCCCACAGACAUCCUACGGACCCAGAAGACCAACUGUGAUGGCUACGCUGGACUCUUUGAGAAGAUGUGCAGGAUCGCUGGAGUGCAGUGCAUGACUGUGCCUGGCUACUCCAAGGGCUUUGGCUACCAGACAGGGCAGAGCUUCUCCGGGGAGUUUGACCACGCCUGGAAUGCCGUGUUCUUAGAGGGGAGAUGGCACCUGCUGGACAGCACCUGGGGCAGUGGCCUGGUGGACUCUGCCACCUCCAAGUUCACCUUCCUCUACAAUGAAUUCUACUUCCUCACCCAUCCCGCGCUGUUCAUCGAGGACCAUUUCCCAGACAACAAGAACUGGCAACUGCUCAAACCUCCUCAGUCCCUGAAACAGUUUGAGAACAACAUGUACCACAAGAGUGAGUUCUACAACAAAGGGAUGCUGAGCGCCCACCCGGAGACUCCGGUGAUCAAAACAGUGAAUGGGAAGGCCACCAUCACCAUUGAGAGCUGCGCCCCCACGCUCUUCAUGUUCAUGCUCAAUGGCAAGCAGGAGCAUGGGCUGCUGAGCCUCAGGAAAAACGGGAUGAAGCUGGACAUAUACCCUCCAACAGUGGGCACCCACAAGCUGCAGAUCUUUGCCAAAGGCAAGUCCGACAUCUACAGCUCGGUGCUGGAGUACACGCUCAAGUGCAGCUACGUGGACAUCAGUGUCCGGCUGCCAGCUGAGCUGCACCAGCCUGUGGGCCCCAGCUGGUUCUCGGAGCAGAUGGGCAUCAUGAAGCCCUCCCACCCCGACCCCAUCAUCCACACUAGUGACGGGCGCUGCUCCGUCAGCUUCGGCGUGGAGGAGGGCAUCAGCGUCCUGGCGUCCCUGCACGGGGACGAAGGCCCCAUCACUGAGGAGACACAGCGGCGCUACAUCUUCCAGAUGCAGCGGGAGAAGCGGGCAGAGCUGAAAGUCCAGUUGCCCCAGGCCGGCAAGUUUGCCCUCAAGAUCUUUGUCAAGAAGAGGCUGGAACCAGGCAACUAUGUCUUUGUCUUCAAUUAUCUCCUCUGCUGCACCAACACCAAGGUGAACUGGCCCAUGUUCCCCGAGAGCUUUGGCAACUGGGGGCAGGACAAUGAGCUGCUGGAGCCUCUGUCGGGCGUGCUUCCUGCCAACCGGAAUAUCCCGUUCAAAUUGAAGCUACAUGGUAUCGCCAAAGCCCUGGUGAAGGGGCAGGACACGUGGCCCCUGACCCUGAAUCAAGAGGGCUACUGGGAGGGCAGCUGCAACACGGCCGGCUGCCAGGAAGUCUAUGUCAUGGUGCUGGAGAACGCCAACCACAACUUCUACUCCUACAUCCUGAAAUACAAAGUGAAUGCCCAGUGA